GCCAGUGCGCGCCGUCGAGAAAUGGUUGAACUGGACAGACAGUAUAAGAGACGGCAAUUUCUGCCUCUCCUUGAUCCGUCGUUAUACGUGUACAAAACACACCGACAAUGAUAUCGAUCAAACCAACUAUUCCCCAUGGCGUCAUUGGGGGAACCCCCUAUUUAUUUUGAGAUUUUGCUUGGCUCAUGGAAAUCUUCUAGAUUACAGUUUUCGUUUUGUCGCAUCGGAGGUUCUUUACCUACCGUA